AGAGCGUGAUCCUAUGCGUGCCCGAACACGCUCACAAUCUUCGUUUGCCCCCUUGGAGGAGGGUCCGACUUGUCGGCGGGCACUUUCACGAGAGCCUGAACCUUUCCAUCUUGGUGGGCAAGGAUGAUUCUUCUGCUGGCCCAAAGCACAUGGAUGUGGAUGGGAGGGAGCCACUCACGGUUCAGCCUUUGGGCGUGUAUCAGGUUCAGGGCAGCCCCCUUUCCGCAGAUCUCCUGUGCAUGUCCCGCCCGCGUGUGUAUGUACAGAUAUGUAUGUACGUGCGUGUAUUGCUGCCUGCCACCUCUCCCUCUCCCCUUCCUGCGCAGGAGGAGCAGGUCGGCGUUCUCAGGUUAUCUUCGGCUCCACGAACUCCUCGCCGAACAAGAGCCGACCCUUGGCAACGCUCCUCGGUGGUAGCGGCGGUGGUAAUGCAGCAGCUGCUGUAUUCCCGUAGCUGCCCUCCCUCCCUCCCCCUACCCCCAGCAGAAAGGAGCAGGCAGGCAGCGAGCGGGCUGCCUCGGGCAGAGCGGCGACGGAGCGGGCGCGAGGCUGGCUGCCCUUCGCCAGCCUUCUUCUCCUCCGCUGGCGUUCUCCGGCUGCUGUCAGCUUCCCUUCGCGCCGAACAAGGCGAGGGGCGGGAGGAGGAGGAGGAAGAGGGGCGGGCGGAUGGACCCACGGGCUGGGAGAUUGCAGGAUUUAGGCGGGAAGAGGAGGUGUGUAAAACCAGCGUUCUCCUAGCCUCGGAUUCACCCCUCCCCCCCCCAGUUCAGGGGAAGAGCCGCGUCCCGACGUAGCAGCAUAGAGGUUAUCCGUGCGAAAAGUCCGAAGUUUAGGACCCUGCAUUUUCAAAGGGUGUUGAGAAAACUGCCCUGAAAUGGUGCCGGUCAGCGUCGAGGAUACGAAACUCCAUGGGCAGAGUGGCGGAAAGUUUUCUGUGCUCGUUGCUGGCUCGAAAAUGCUUUUUCGAGUCGAGCCACAAGAACAAGGGCGAGCAAUAUGACAACGAGCAAUAUGCUCUAAAUAUGACAAACAGGGAGCCCUUCUGAGUCCCGCAGGAUUCAGCUCUGCGGGGAUGAGGGAGGGGCACAGAAGAGUCCCGAAAUCAUCCUGGCUACACAUUGAAAUUUCAGAAUAGAGGAUGCAGCCAUAAAGAACGAGUGGGAAAGACACCCCCCCCCCAAAAGGACGCUUCAUCUCAGGGAAUGUAGGGUCAAACUGUCUUAUUUCAUCCCUAAGGAUAAAGGGAUGCAGUUAACUCAUUGAAUUGCCUUUUGCCAAAACACAUGGCUUUUGCUUUAGCUGGGAGUAGAACCGCCUAGAAAAAACAUAACCCCCAGAUCAGAAAAUACUAAAUUCAGUGACACAUUAGACAAAAAGGCUUAUUAGGCACACUUUGAAGUGCGUAGCCACUGGUCAAAAAGAGUCCUGCAAGCUGCUUCAGGUUCAUAGGGCAGAGGUUCCCCAUGCCCCAUAUUGUGCAAUAAGCGUCUUGGUGCCAGCUGGGAACAUUGGGUUUGAAUCUCCAGUCACCCUUGGAAUCUCACUGAGUGCUUUUAGGCAAUGCACUCUGUGUCUCCAAGUGAAUCAGAAAGUUUGUGUGAAAACAGAAUGAGGUAACCACAUGUCUAUUGCCCUAAGAUGGAGCAAAGGCUGAAAAUAUGAUAAAACCAAAAUCUGGAAAAGUUACAUUUUGUAACAACCCCCAAAUGAAUGCUAGCUGGAGGAGUGUGGGACUUGUAAUUCCAAGAAUUACUUUUUCUAAUCUUUGGCAAACAUUAAAUGUGACUCUGACACCUUCAUAUUUUUCUCUCACUUUGAGAAGCCAAGGAGAGAUAGAUAUAGACUGUGACAACAGCAUGAGUGAAGGACUGUUUGAUAUCUCUAUAUGCACACAGGUAUAAUUUUCCAUGAAGCUGCUUUUUGCCU